GAAGAGCGUGGCUGUUGAAACACUGGUUAUUAGACAAGUCUACAGGUACAAGUCGGCUAAUAAACUCUGAUAGUAAAGCCCGUUUUGAAUAUCCAUGGAAUUCCUGUUCCCAGUACCUAGAAAAACAGACCCUCUAAUAAAAUGCAUCAAAGAGAAUAAGGAAGAUAAACUUCGCAAAGUACUAAGAGGCAGAGAUAUUAAUGGACUGUAUCCUUCUGAGGACUGGAAUGAUGAUAUUACACUAAUAGCUGCAGCAGUUAUAUGGACAAAUGAGGAAAUCUGCACUUAUCUGCUUGGAGAAUCGGCUGAUCCCAACAAACCCUCAACAAGUGGAAAAACUCCUCUACAUUUUGCAGCUUUUACAGCUGGAGUUCCUCUGAGUAUUGUGAAAAGAUUACUUGCAGCAAAAGCUAACCCUAAUGGACAUGUGCUACAAAGGUUUACUCCACUGCAAUAUGCUGCUGAUUUUGGCCGUGAAGACAUUGUGAAGGCACUUUUAGAAGCUGGAGCUUCACCUGAAAGAAACUAUGGAAGAUAUCCACAUGUUGACAAAAAAGUAGAGACAAUGAUAUAUGGAUUAUCUUCACACAAUGAAGAGUUUAAAAAAGUACAUCUGUUUUUCUCUCUUUCUUGUGCUAUAUCAGUGAAAAAGCAUAAAGAAGUUUAUAGAAUCUAUAAGGAAGAUUUCCUUCAAGAGCACCCUUUUAUGCAUUUUAAUCUUUUUGAAAUGUAUUUUGGUUCUGUUGGUCUAGGGACAGAGCAGUAUCGUCAGAGCGCCAUCAAGUGGUUAAAAGACACAAAGAGUGCAGACCGAUACAUUGAAGGAGUCAUCAAGCGCUUCCCAAAAAUCUCUCAGGAAUACAGGGUUCAUCUACUGACCUGCUUAACUUUUGCUUUGUGUGUCAGCGAAAGUGUUUCUCCUCAGGUUUUCAGUGAGCUUGUGCCAAUUCUAACAAACAGUCUUCAGCCCUUUGAAAACAAGCAAGGAGAAAUAAUCAAUCAACUGGUACUGAACAUACUCAAUGUCAUGAUGCAGAAGACGUCUGAGCAGAGACUGAACCAUUCUGUCUAUGAGAAGUUAUGCAAAAGUCUGUUGCCUCUCACACAUUCAAACUACUCAAGCCUGAUUAGAUUGAUGACCUAUCGACUGUUUGUUUAUUUAAAUGACUUUGCUCCUGAGCUCGUUGCAUUGAGUGGAUUGUCUCCGGUUCCGGAAACAGUACUCCUCAAAGCAGAGACGGAAAUGGACGAAGCCAUGAAAAAGAAGCUGCAAAAGUUGGAUGAAUCACUGAAACAUCCAGCAGGUUCAAGCACAGUGGAGAGUUUAUGUGAGGAAACCGCAGCUCUAUCAACACGCAAGAAGAAGAGGAGGAGGAAGAAGAAAAAAGUCCAUCAAGAGGUGGGAUCACAAGAAGAUGAGAGUCAGGAUAAAGAAGAAUCAUAUCCACUAGUGACAGUCAUUGAGGAAUCAAACUCAAGUGUUCAGCCAUUCAUACAGCCAACUGUGAUGCCAAGAAAGUGGCGUAAAAUCAGCCAUCGUUGGUUGACCAAGCUUGAGAAGUUAGCUUACAUGGAUAUAAACAAUAUACAUAGGUUACCAAGCCUUACUCUUGUUCUUGAUCCUGAAUUUCUGAUUGCCAAUGGAAGUGAUGGGACUCAAGUUUUCCUUGGAUUGAGGGAUGAUGGCACAGAGGUGGCUGUGAAACGAAUGAUUAAGUUUAAUUACCAAGUUCUCAAAAAUGAGGAGGAAUUUCUUCGACUUCCAGAACUAGACAGUCAAUCCAUUGUGCGAUAUGUGGACUUUGCUGAAGAUGAUAAUUUUGGAUACCUUGUUCUUCAGCUUUGUGAGUACACACUGGAGGAAUAUAUCCAAGAUCAUUUACCAGAAGACAAGGAUGAGAAAACUUUGGUUCUGGAGAAGCUGGUAAAGGAGGUUCUCUGCAGCUUACAGGUUUUACACGAUCCACAAACCAAAGUGCUCCAUCGGGACAUCAAACCCCAGAAUGUGCUGAUUGACAUACAAGGAAAGGCCAGAUUGGCUGAUUUUGGAAUAAGUCGCCGUUUGAAACAGGGUGAAACCACAUUACAAACAAGUAUUGCUGGAACUAGAUGUUGGAAGGCAAAGGAGGCCAUAAAUAAAAAGGUCAACACUGGGUACAAGAGGAGCUCUGACAUUCAGGUUGCUGGGAUGUUAGUGUACUACAUUCUUUCUGGAGGACAUCAUCCAUUUGGUGAAGAUGUGGAUUGUGAAGGCAAUAUUUUACGAGGAAUAUACUCACUGGAACAUCUGGAUGACGAUGUGGCGAAGGAUCUUGUUGAAUGGAUGAUCAAUGGAAAUCCUAACAAGAGGCCAACUGUGGAGCAGAGCCUCGCACACCCCUUCUUCUGGACUGAUGAAAGGAAAGUGCGGUAUCUGAAAAUACUGGGGAGUGAAAAAGAGGCUGAAAACUGUCGUAAGGCAAACAAUGAGCUCAUUGAUUCCAUAUCAGAAUACACAGAAGGAAAAAGCUUCGCUGAAUGGAAGUCUAAAUUCCCAUCUGAACUUGUCCAGAAACUAGAAAAAAAGGCAGGACCCUAUCCUGAGAACAUGCUGGGCCUGAUGCGGUUCAUACGCAACCUUCAUGAGCAUCAUAAAGCAGAUGCAGCUAAAAACAAUCCGCUGGUUUUAUUUCCUGAUCUCUUUGUCAGUGUGUACAAGUUGGCCAAAGAGAGAGGCUGGAACGCCAGAGGUAGUGUCUCUAUGGACAUCAACUAAACAUCAUGAAUGUAUUUGUGCUGUAAAAUGAAAUGACAAUUAUUUUGAAUUGCAGAGAGAUCUUGUACUUAUUUUUUUAAACGCUUCAUUAAAUUUUUGGCUUGGAAAACCAUGUUUAUUAAAACAUAUUGAUGUCAUGUUGAUUUCUAAGCAUGCUAUAUUGCAUAGCGGUGUUGUAGAGUUUGAAGUCAGCAUGAAAUCAAAUUUCUCAAUGCUAAAAUUUCAGUAGUGCAUAUUGUUGUUAUUCUUAUGGUGAACAGUGCGAGUUUGAUUUGGUAAUCUUUAAUCAAAACCUUACAAUUUGCCUGUGUUUUGGAACAGAAAUCUUUCUCUGAUGAUGUCAGUUUGAUGGAUUGGGUGAAAUAUGCUUAGCCACGCCCCUCCAACCGUUAGUAUACUGUGAGUGAAAGAUGAGAGCAGGAGUGCAAAUAUUAAACCCCACCCCCUUUGGGACUUACGGGACUGCCCCUAUGCACACUUUAAAACUUGCAAUUGACAAUAUUAUCCUUACUGAUUAUUAUUGCACUCAGUGUAAAUUUUUGAGGGUGUUUAUUUCUAUGCAGUUGUCCUUAACCAAGUUUAAUGUUUUCAUCGUGCCAUCAUGUUUGUUAUAUUUUGAUGGUGUCAUUCAGCUUGCAGGGUCACUAAGCAAAUGCUGUGCAAAUGUUCUUUCUGCACUUCAAUUCUGACUAUUACUGUGCAUUUGAAAAGUAUAAAUAAACACGUUACAAUAUUUUA